CAUUAGCUCUUUUAAUUUAUUUCAACAGCAACACAAAAUCGUUGAAUGAAAUAAGUUAGACAUUACUUCGCUCAGUCUGUUUUGUCGUUUUGUUUAACAACGAUUGUUUAUAAUUUCCUGACCGUUAUAAUGACAAGUUAAAGAUUCAUUUAUAUUGUAAUUCUGUAAGUGUUAAUUACUACCGCCAUAUUUCUUGUACGAAGGGGUUUCUUUAACAAAUUUAUAAAACAAUUGCAUUAGAUCGGUUUUAAAAUACAAAAAGGAAACACUUUAUUGUUGUCUUUUUGGCGUGUAAGUGAACGCAAUGGUACAUCUUUAUUUUGUAGAUUAUAAUUGUUUUAAAAUAUAUUUAAAGAAAUAACCUAAAAUUUAUUAAACUUUAUGUUAUUAAUUAAACGAGCGUAAAGGUUUCAAUCUCAGAAGUAAAUGUGUUUUAAUGACUUAUGAAGAUAAUAAGUAAAAUUAACUUAAAAGAAAUAUAUUGCUAAACUAAUAAUAAACACCUGUGCUGAAAUCAAGAUGCUCAUUUCACGUCUUACUUUUCUAUUAGUGGUAUACUAUCUUAUUGAAAUUGAUUGCGCUGCGUUACCGUCUUUUAGUGAUAUGCUAGAGGAAACUUCACAGAAACCGGAUAUUAAAGCCAUGAUUCCUUUAUUUAAAGAAAUGCAAAAACCUUCAAUUGAAGAACGCAAUCCUCAGAAACUUUUAUAUAUUCUCGGAAACAGUUAUGACUCAGAAUUUUCUUCUAUUGCAAAACCUCCUUCAAUGAAAGCACGCGAACCCAGCACUGACGAUUUAGAUACCGACAUACCUUCUAGUAUGAAAACACACCCAACUAUGAGCGAAGAGGUCCUUAAUGCAAAGUUUUCUGCCAAAGUAAAAGGUAAAAAGAAGGAAUUCGGGAAACGUUUAACUGAAAAAAUGCAAAAUUAUUUAUGGAACUUAUCAAAAUGCCCCGUCAAGUAUAAAUGGAUUGACUUGGGUGAAAAUAUUUUUCCACAAUAUAUCAAAAGAGGUUCGUGUUCAAAGAAGAAAACAUGCUCUUUUCCUGCUGGUAUGACAUGCGAAGAGUCAAAAUGGAAAUCUGUAGACAUAUUGUUAUACACAUGUUUGAAGGAGUAUAACUCUGUUUCUCUUGACUGUAAAUGGCGUCCUAUGCCAGUCAAUAUAUUAACUGAAUGUUCUUGUCAGUGUAAGAAACAAACAGAAUAGCGAAUGGUUUCGUUGUCCGAGAGAAUAUCUUUUACACUACCACACGGAAAUGACGUCAUUGUUUGUGACUAAAAAACAAUUAAUGUUAAAUUAGAUGGCUUUUAAUUUUUUAAAAAAAUUAAUAACCGUAACCAUUAAUGACCGUAACCACCAGUACGACCAUCAUAGACAUCAUUGACCACAAGUUAGGCGAACAUGUUCAUCAACAUUUAUUUAGAAGUUGCAAUUGACAAAGUACUUUGCUAAAAAAAAAUUCUUAUAAAAAGUUUGCUUAUCAGGCUGAAACUUAAUUUUCUGAGAGUUAAAGAAGUAUAUAUAUAUUUUCGUUGUUAACGGGGAAAAACCUUUUGAUUGUUUGGUAUUCAAUCGAGCUGAUUGGAAUACGUCAUACGUUUAGUCAUGCGCAUACAAUCAGCGAAUUUUCAAUAAAAAAAAUUAACUUAAUUUUUUUCUGUAGAAGACUUAAUUUAUUUUGCAUAUAAAAAAAUCUUAUUUAUUUAAAAAAGCAUAUUGAUACAUACAUACAUACAUACAUACAUACAU